UAGAUGUAUUUUUUAGCGAAACCGGAAGAGGGUAGAAGUGAACCCUCUCCUCUGUGUCUGCACUCUUUGGCCGCUUGUAACAACAGCAGCAUCAGACAAGAGAGACAACCUAAUGAUGGAAGAAUUUGAAGACGGGGGUGCUCCUCCCGAGGAGGAUCUGAUUCAGUGCAACACCUGUAAAAGAUGUUUCUUCCCUAAAGUCCUGGAGAAACAUGCUAAAAUCUGCCAAAAGUCCGCAGUGAAAAAGAGGAAGAUUUUUGACUCGAGUAGACAGAGAGCUGAGGGCACAGACAUCCCCACCCUCAAACCCAUCAAACCAAAGUCACAAAGUUCAUCUUCUACUGGGAAAGCAGAACCCCCGAAGAAGCCAUCCAACUGGCGCAAGAAACAUGAAGACUUCAUUGCUACCAUCCGGGCUGCCAAACAGGUCACCCAGGUUAUGAAAGAUGGAGGACCAUUACCUCCACCUCCUCCUCCAACUUAUGACCCAGACUAUGUCCAGUGCCCUUACUGUCAGCGGAGGUUCAAUGAAAAUGCAGCCGACAGGCACAUCAAGUUCUGCCAGGAGCAGGCCGCCCGUAUGCCCAACAAGGGCAAGGCAGGCGAAGCCAAGAAGCCUCCUGCUCGCACACAGUUUAAGCCCCCUGCUUCGGUGAAGAAGCCCAACACUGCUGCUGCUGUGUCCACCAUCCCUUCAGCCUCCUCUCGGUUACCCCAGAGGUCUGGCAUCGGACAGCCCUCCGGAAUCCCAUCUAGUAAGAUCUCUUCUGCAGGUUCAGUAAGGAGUAAUCCCUCUGGCCUCACAAGCCCUCCAUCAGGUGUGGGAAGUAAGACUCGAGUAAUGAGCUCUGGGCCUGGCUCUGUGAGGAGCAACCAGUCUGGAAUAGCGCUCAACAAGAAGAAAGUAGACACCUACAUAUCUAGGAACGAUGUCGACGGCGUGCACGAACCUGGAAAUGGUGGAAUGAAGAGCAAGUUCUGUCAUGCUUGCGGGACCAAGUAUCCUGUUGAAUCCGCCAAAUUCUGCUGCGAGUGUGGGGUCAGGAGGAUGUGUAUCUGAUGGAGGUCAGAAGAAGGAGAAACUAAACUAAAUAAGAAUGCACCGGUACUCAAACUAACAGUGGGUUUCACCAAAGUUAAUCAGAACUUUUUUUUUUACACUUGGGUCUAAUUUCACGGCGAUAAAGUGGCACUGUUUUUUUUCUAAAUGCUGUUUAUUUUUCAUGGAAUUUGCUGGUCUAUUCCACUCUGUGGACUAACAUACUGGUUAACGUAAAUCAGUAUUUCCAUAGGUAGGUAACAUCCCAUCUUUGUGCAGCCUUGCUGAGAUUGUAUUCAAAACAAUACAAAUUCUAUAACACAAAUAUAAUCAUUAGUUGACUGGAGGCUGAUUGAUCUCAGUGGUGGACUGAUCUAGCAUACAGUUCUGCUAAACUGUGAUAUCGGUAGCUGACGCAGGAACUCACGCAGCUCAUUUACUUUUUAUUAGCGUCCUUCUUACUGCUGGAUUUGCCCACAUUGUUGCUACUCACACACAUGAACAUUAUUGCCGUGAAACUGGAGUCUGUGAUUAGAAAAACAUAAUUUUGGCGGAAUUGAUAGCUGCUUUUAAAAGCUGUUGGGUAAAAGAUGCGUAAGAUAAAAGUUCAGAGGUGGGUUGCAAAAUGUGUAAACGGAAAUAAAGAUAAAGUGUCAGAUGAGUGAUUAGAGGUGUGUGUAAUGGCCCCUGUAUCUCAGUCCCCACUCAGCCGUGACCUGAAACGCAUUCCUGAAUCUCGUUUGCCUCCACUUCCUCGCAAACAGAAUCUGUUUCUAUAGAAGUGCAAUAUGAUUGACUACUGAAGAAGACAAUGUGUGUGUUUUUUUUUUAAAGGAAACGUGUUUGAAUUUCAGAAAGGUAUCACCUUGUUUUGACAGGGACCAGUCCAAACAUGAACUAAAUGUUUAAAGGUCAGAGCUCCCUUUAAGGUCACUUUACAGGCAAAGUGUCUCACCAUCAUAGGCCUGACAUUUCUAGACAAAUGUAGCAUUUACACAAACCCUUUUAUUCCCACUUAUUUUAUACAAUGUAAUUAGUUAUUUAUUUUCUUACUCCCUUUCAUUUUUGCUGAAUGGACAAUGUCUGCACCUUUUUGUUGUUACUGAAUUAAAAACGUGUUUUUAUUUGGAUUUUUAUGAAACCUAAAUGCAUCUGGGUGUAUUGCAGUUGCUUUCCCCUAGACAGUGUUUCUACUGAGUCAGUGUUCAAUACAUUAACGUAUUAGGAGUCAAAAGUACAGCAACGUUAUAGUCAUUUACAAUUAUCCAUACGGGUAUGGUUGAUCUUUCUGCUUGAUAUAACAAACACCAUUUAUGACCCCACACACAUUUACAGGUCAGACACUAAAGGGGUAAAAACCUCUGUUUAUGGUGCAUAGUUGAUGUCCAUUAACGAUGGUUAAAUAUGGUCAUUAAGUCCUUUUGAGGAGUUAGGAAUUUGUUCAAUGAAGCGAACUGUAUUUAUGUUACAUGACAAGAAAUGUUGAAACAGACUGAACAGGAGUGUUUUCCUGUAAAUGAUUGCAACUGUUAGCCUGGAUACGGUUGUGCACUCAAUGCCAUGUAUAUCCACCAUCAAUAAAUUUCUAUGAAGACAGCC